AUGACCAUUCUCGCACAUUCUCAAAAUCCUAUUCUUUCACCCGAUCGAAAUCCCAUCUUGCGAUUCUUUCUCAAAAAUACAUUUUACAAACAGUUUUGCGCUGGAGAAAAUCACGCUGAAGUUCAAAGGACUGUUCGCGGUAUUAAAGAUCUUGGUUUCAAAGGUGUAUUCCUUUGCUAUGCCCGCGAAGUAGAGAAAUCACCAGGAGCAAAUAUCGAUGUUGAGAAAUGCGUCAAAAAUGAAGUUUUACCAUGGGCAGAAGGUACAUUAGCGACCGUUAGACUAGCCGAGCCAGGGGAUUUCGUAUCCAUCAAAGUUACCGGAGCAGGAAGUUUAGCAUUACAAGCUUUAGAGAAACAAGGAGUUUGCCACGACAGCCUUAAAAAAGCCAUCGAUGACAUUUGCGCUUUGAGUGCUGAGCGAGGUGUUAAAUUAGCAUUUGAUGCUGAACAUGCUGCUGUACAGGCUGGAAUCGAUCUUUGGACUUUGAAAUACAUGAAGAGAUACAACAAACCAGGCAAAGGAGGAGCGGUUAUCUAUGGUACUUAUCAAGCAUAUCUCAAAGCUUGUCCUCAAGUUGUCGCGCACCACAUGGCAAUUGCACAAAAAGAGAAUUUUACACUCGGUGUGAAAUUAGUCAGAGGUGCAUAUAUGGGUUCGGAUCCGAGGGAGUUAAUUCAUGACACUAAACAAGGAACCGAUGAAUGUUAUGAUGGGAUUGCCGAGGCACUUAUUCGUCAAACCCCUAACUCGGUUCUCCAACCCGAAAGUGGAGAGAAAGGAUUCCAAGCUGUGGAUUUGGUACUUGCAGGACAUAAUUUGGAAUCAGUUCGCAAGGCUCAGGUCAUUCGUACAGAACAAGCCGAGAAAGGAGAAGAUCGAAUUGAACUCUGCUAUGCUCAACUUCAAGGAAUGGCUGAUGAAGUAUCUUGUGAACUUGUGGCUGAAGGGAAAUUAGCUGAAUCUCUCAAAUCUUCUGAUGAUUCUAACGUUAUGGUUCAUGGCGGUAUUAAUGAGCUGACGGGUGGCACGAAAGGGGGAAAAGAUAUCUUGCAUUUGAAGACGGAUAUUCCAAAGGCUUAUAAAUAUUUGACUUGGGGUACUACAGGGGAAUGCAUGAAAUAUCUUUUGAGAAGAGCAUAUGAGAAUAGAGAUGCGGUUGGAAGAACUAGGGAGGGAAGAAAUGAGAUGGGUAGGGAGUUGGUUAGAAGGAUGAAGGGGGUGUUUGGUGCGAGAUGA